CCUGAGCGCGUGGGCGGCACCAUGGUCAGCUGUUCCGCGUCCGCCCCGCCCACUGUCCGGGUCCUAUAAGCGCCGUCCUAGUCUCGGAGCCCAGCGAACAGAGCGGCCGGCAGAGAGGAGCAUGGCCUGGAACACCAAUCUCCGGGGACGGCUGCCCAUCACCUGCCUGAUCCUGCAAGUGAUCAUGGUGGUUCUCUUCGGCGUGUUCGUGCGCUACGACAUCCAGGCCGAUGCUCACUGGUGGUUGGAGAAGAAGCGCAAGAACAUCUCCAGCGAUGUGGAGAACGAGUUUUACUAUCGCUAUCCGAGCUUUCAGGAUGUACACGCCAUGGUCUUCGUGGGCUUCGGCUUCCUCAUGACCUUCCUGCAGCGCUACGGGUUCAGCGCUGUAGGCUUCAACUUCCUGCUGGCAGCUUUCGGCAUCCAGUGGGCGCUGCUCAUGCAGGGAUGGUUCCAUUAUUUUGAAGAAGGCCACAUUGUCCUGAGCGUCGAGAACAUCAUCCAAGCUGACUUCUGUGUGGCAUCUUCUUGCGUGGCCUUUGGGGCAGUUCUAGGAAAGGUCAGCCCGAUGCAACUGCUCAUUAUGACCUUCUUCCAGGUGACUCUCUUCGCAGUGAAUGAGUUCAUCCUCCUGAACCUGAUAGAGGCAAAGGAUGCAGGGGGCUCUAUGACCAUCCACACAUUUGGCGCCUACUUUGGGCUCACAGUGACCUGGAUCCUCUACCGAAAAAACCUGGAGCAGAGCAAGCAGAGACAGAGUUCAGUGUACCAUUCGGACCUUUUCGCCAUGAUUGGCACCCUCUUCCUAUGGAUAUACUGGCCCAGCUUCAAUUCAGCCAGUUCCUUCCACGGAGAUGCCCAACACCGAGCAGCCCUCAAUACCUAUCUCUCCUUGGCAGCUAGUGUGCUAACCACAGUAGCAGUGUCCAGUAUCAUACACAAGAAGGGCAAGUUGGAUAUGGUGCACAUCCAGAAUGCCACACUUGCAGGUGGGGUGGGUGUGGGCACAGCUGCGGAGAUGAUGCUCACACCUUACGGCGCCCUCAUCGUGGGUUUCUUCUGUGGCAUCUUCUCCACCCUAGGAUUUGCAUACCUAUCGCCAUUUCUGGAGUCCCGCCUUCGCAUCCAGGACACAUGUGGCAUUCACAACCUGCACGGCAUCCCUGGCAUCAUAGGUGGCAUUGUGGGUGCUGUGACAGCGGCCUACUCCUCCCCCGAUGUGUACGGAGAGCCAGGGAUAGUCCAUUCCUUUGGCUUCGGGGGUUAUAAGUCAGACUGGACCAAGAGAAUGCAGGGCAAGUCCCAGAUAUUUGGCCUCCUCCUGAGCUUGGCCAUGGCCCUGGUGGGCGGCAUCAUUGUGGGGUUCAUUUUGAAAUUGCCGGUCUGGGGACAAGCUGCGGAUGAAAACUGUUUCGAGGACUCCGUCUACUGGGAGGUUCAUGAAGAGGUGAACGCUGUCUACAUUCCUGAGAACCUCGUUCACAAACAUUCUACUCUGGCAUCCACCAUGCCUGUGGUACUCUCAACAGCUUCAACAUCCAUAAUUCCUCCAGUCCCUCCAACACCUCCAGUAUCCUUAGUAACUCCAGUACCUUCAGCAGCCUUGGUACACUAACCUCCCAGGGCAGGUGAGAAGCAGGCUCCACAGAUUGUCCCCAAGCUCUGGAGAGAGCUGGGGCUGACAUAGCUGGGAACUCAGUAACAGGGCAGCAGAAAGGCCCACUGGCCUGACUCAAGAACCUCCUACACCCCCUUCAUCCCAGGGGGCUUGCCUGAGAAUGGAGAAGAUUCCAACAAAGUGAGCUCCAAGUCAGGGUCAGCUGCAGAAGGUCUGCCCGCCUGGGGUCACGAUGCUCAUAUCCUGUGAAAAUCAGCAUGAAGAGAGGUUGUGGUUGGGGGUGGGAUGGAGGUGUUCGAGUGGGAGGAUGCACUUGGCCUCCCUGGGGGUGGGGUACCCCUUCUUGGACUCUUCCAGUCCCUGCCUGUUCCCCAACAAUAUACUUCCCAUGUUCCCAGCGACCCAAGAUCACUUUAUUUUGUGUAGUAAAUAAAUGUUGUUGAUGCUCUUUGUA